AUGCCUCGAUUAAUGCGUGCGGUCGCGCUGGCGGCACUCCUGGCCGUGCCCAUGGUGCACGCGCAGGUAGACGUCAACGUAUCACUGGAUUUACCAGACCUAGCAACUGUGACGGGGGCGACAUCCACCUCGGCCGCCGAGUCGUCGGCCACCUCUGAUGCGACGACUGCACAAACGACGGCUGCAUCUUCUGGAGGUGACGAUCAAACGAGUACCACAGAGGCGAGCUCGACGGCGACGACGAGUGACGCGGCAGACAGCACAGCUUCGGGCACAUCAGCAGAUCUGACUGCCACUUUCCCGGAUGCGACCACGUCCACCACGAGCGGCGCGCUAUUCUCCCUCACCGGACUUCCAACCAUUGCAGGCGCUGGCAUACCGACACUGGUAAUCCCUUAUACCGCAGCUGCGCCAUUCAUGCAAAAGUCUACCAUGCCUGAAGGUACCGUCUUCAUCGCCGUUGGAGCGGUCUUGGCUUUCAUGGGUGCCUGUGUGCUAUUGUGGAGAGGACUUGUCGCGUGGAGCAUCAACAGAUCUGUUAAACGUGCAGCCAUGGCUUCAAUUUGGGGACCAGAAAAGAAGGGAGCUCCUGCGUGGAAGAGUGGCACCGGAAAGCAUGCCUACAACAAGAGAUACGAGGACGGCAGUAGCAUGUCACUCGAUGCGUUGACGAGCGCCGGCAAGCCCAUCAAACCGUCCAAGGAUGAUCAUGACAGGAGGCAGUCGUCAGCCCCGCCACAGGGGCUAUUUUUCUCUCCAACCGCCCAGGCUUCCAACCGAGCAAGCUCUGCAGCCUUCGACAAUCGGAACUCCACCUAUCUUCCUGCCGGCUACUACGCCGCUCCCGCAGACGGAGCUACAGGAGGUAGAACGUCUAGGGCAUCCCUCGUUGGUGGCUCACUGGCCCCAUAUGCUCGACACAGUACGGUCAACACGCCAUCACCUCCCCACUCCCCCGGAGUACAAGGUUCCCGUUCUGCAUCGGCAUUCGGAUCUCGGGACGGACUGAGGCAACACGACGCCCUCCGUGCUCCUUCUCGAGAGGGUCGAAACGCAUCACUUAGUCGCGAUGGCUACGGCAAUGAGCGCAGCAGCUUUCUGUACCAAGAACCCAGCAGCUCGUCGCUGGCAGUUGGUACAGGCGGGCACAACAACGGCGAGUACAUGGCCGGGCAACGUGCUCCUAGCGCGGUUCUGGAUGAUCUUUUCGAAAAUCAUGGGCGCAUGAAUCAAGGUUUAUAA